AUGGCACCCUCAAGGGCAAUAACCUCCACCCUAAAAACCACCCUCAGAACCCCCACCACCAUCCAAAGAAGAUGCAUCUCAGCCUACGGCUACGAACAAGCCAAAGUCCUCGUCCUCUCCAACUACGGCGAACCCAAAGACGUCCUCCGACUACACGGCCAUAGCAUCUCCCCACCCACCGGCGACCUCCUGACGAUAAAAUUCCUCGCGGCGCCAAUCAACCCCGCCGACAUCAACCAGAUCCAAGGCGUCUACCCCACCAAACCCACCUUCACCACAUCGCUCAGCACGCCGGACCCCAUCGCCGUGGGCGGGAAUGAAGGCGUGGCGGAAGUCGUCUCCAAAGGCGGGAAUGUCAAGGGGUUCGAGAGGGGGGACUGGGUGAUUAUGAAGAAGCAGGGGUUCGGGACGUGGCGGACGCAUGCGCAGACGACGGCGGAGAACCUCGUGGCGAUCAAGAAUAAGGAUGGUUUGAGGCCUGAGCAGGUCGGGACGGUGUCCGUGAACCCGUGCACGGCAUACCGCAUGUUGAAGGACUUUGUCGACCUCCGACCGGGCGACUGGUUUAUCCAAAACGGCGCGAAUUCAGGCGUCGGCCGCGCUGCGAUCCAACUGGGCAAACUCUGGGGCUACAGAUCCAUCAACAUCGUGCGGAAGCGAGAGACGGGCCACGAAGCGCUGGUGGAAGAUCUCAAAUCCCUCGGCGCAGACGUCGUGGUCACAGACGAAGACCUCGCCUCCAAGGACUUCCGCGACCAGCUCAAAACUCUAACGAACGGUGGCCGCGAACCUAUCCGUCUGGGCCUCAACUGCGUCGGCGGCAGCCUAGUUAAUAACAUGGCCAAACACCUGUCCCCUUCCUCCCCGCUCGUCACCUACGGCGCCAUGUCGAAGCAACCCGUGCAACUCCCCAUGGGCCUGCUCAUCUUCAAAAACAUCUCCUUUCAAGGAUUCUGGGUCUCCCGCUGGAGCGACGCCCACCCGGAGGAGAAGGAGAAGUGUGUGGCGGAGAUUCUGGAUCUUACCAGGCGGGGCGUUUUCAGGGAUAUUCCGACGGAGAGGGUGGAGUGGGGACGGGGCACGAAGGAGGGGGAGUUGGUACAGGCGGUGCAGGGGACUUUGGAGGGGUAUCGGAGUGGGAAGGGGAUUUUUGUUUUUGGGGAUACUUGA